CACUCAGCGAGACAUCCAGAUAGCACCAGUGCAUGUUGCUGGCUUUUUUUGCUUUUUGCCCUGCUUUUUUGCUUUCGCUCUUGCUUCUGCUUCGCUUCUGUUUUGCUUGCUCUUGCUUUUUGUUUUCCCCCUUCUCAUUAGUUAAUUUAGCUAAACAGUCCAAAUUCCUUUCUGGACUGUUCCUCCCCACCCCCCUCCCAACCCUGUUUGGACCUGCUGACUGCUCCGGACUGGGAUUUAGAACACCGAGAGAGAGUUUGCACCUUGUGGCUGCAGCAGCUGCCUCAGCGCCGGAGGGACUGAUAACAGCGACCACCCCCAGGAGAGACUUUCUGAAUUUGUCAUCUUUCUCAGAGCAGUGGAAGAGUGGUGUCAUCCGGUUCUCCAAGCCAAAGGCUCUCAUCUACACUGCUGGAAGAAACAGCCCCUGUCCUCUGAGAUGAAAGUCACUGGGACAAGCAGUUCUGAGCCACCACACUGCCUCUCAGUCCAGAUUCUCCCAUGAACACAGAGCCCUAACAGCCUUUCCAGAUGGCAAGCCUUUCUCUAGUAUGAAGUGGAGAUUACAAAUGAUGAAAAAAGUGAGCUUUUUGUAGUGGAUGCAUGUAAGUCAGGAAUGAAUAAACUGGAAAAACUGAGAAACCCCUCCAGAGAGUAAUUAAAGACUAACAAUAGCAGUCUGAUGCCGGAAAUAGUAAAUUAUGGAGGGAGCAGUUUUCCUCCAUCCCGCAGUAGCAGGUAUUUUUUCUGACUUAUAUUUUGAGCACUGAGAGAAUCACGCACUUCCGAAGGGUAACAUGAUUCUAACUUUGAUAAGAAGGGAAUUGUGGAGAUAGAGCAAAAAAGCAAUUGCUUUUUCUGGUCUCCUUGACUAUAGUGUAUUUACAAGAAAACACUUCACAGCCCUUGAGAAAUAUUACAGACCUAACCAUUCCCACUGUGUAAAAAUUUCUCCUCAUUACAAGAGUGAAAAGAGUAACAGUGAAACUGCAAGCAACAUCAGCAUCAAAUUACCUGCUACCCUCAUGGACAGGCACCUCAAAAGAAAGCUUAAUAGUAAGAAAGACAGAAACAGAGAGAAGAAAACACUGUUGUUGAUAGAAUUCCCUCAUUUUUCAGAGAGUCAACAGCAGAUCAUGAAAUAAAAGGAAGUGCUGCAGAUCGAAUUACAUGCAGCUGUGUCAAAACUGGAGGAAACCUAUGCUUUUAUUAAUGCUUGAGAAAGGCAAAAAUUCCAGAGAGCGGAAAAAGUGUAUUCGUGUAGAACAUGUCACUGCGGAGGCAGAGGUAGGCCACACUGCGCUGCUUCUGCCAAAAGAGGCUCGUGUCAGGCUCUUAUCUUUGGAGCCCUCAGUUGCACCAUAUUUUGCAUCAACUGGUGCCUGCAUCUCAAUGAAAAGCUUUUUUACUGUCUCGCAAGGAGAAACUCUGCCAGGACAGCACCUUGACCCCAAUACCGCCUCCAAGAUCUGUAGUCGUGCUACAUUCAAGGAGCACACCUCGCUCCGAGGAGACUUGCCAUCUGCUGUCAGAGUGCCCUACUUUCUGCCAGUUCCUUCCCAACUUGAAUACUACAGAAGGAUAAAAUCCAUGGCAAAAAACCCUAAUCUAGAUGAGGAACUUCCCCGGAGCAGCUCAGUAACCGUUUGUCUCUGCAGUGGAACUGAUAUACCGACCCCAUUUUUGAAUAUGUCCUUUAUUCAUUGGUUUUGAACGAGUCCAUUGUCCAUUAUCCAAAGCAGGCUGGAUUGUGCAUCGGUUGAAUAUGUCCAUUGUCCUGCAAAUACUCAAUCUGCAAAAGACUCUCAACAGGGGGAACCAGAAGACGCUGGACUGGAGAAGGGGCCCGGAAGUGGAGAGGUGGAGCCUAUGCUGGGGAGGAUCUUUCCAGUGACAGGGAAGGGAUCCAACACAGGGGUGGAACUUGACGUCAAGGUGGGGCCCAUCGCAGGGGAGGCACCUGGAGCAAAGGCAGGAAAUGGGGAUGAAGGAGGGAGGGAAUCUGAAAUGGCGGUCUCUCUUACAGGAGUAUUGUCAUCUUGUGAUUUAUAGGAAGGGGGAUUAGGACCAGGGGAUGCGAGAAUGUGGGCAAGGGAGGAUCUCAGGGCAGCAUGAAUACUACCUCCCUGAGGAGAGGACAAAAAAGGAGGGGAGAUGGCAGGCAGCAGAUGGCUUGUCUGUGCCAAAGGUCAGGCUCUAUCUCCCAUCCUGUUCUUAGGGAACGUCGGUUUGGGAACGUGGGGGGUGGAUUGAAUAAAUGAGGACAAAGGGUUGGAACCAUGAACUUUUGAAAUUAUUCCAUAAAUUGAAUGAAACAAUAGAUAAAAUUUCCCAACUUUUAACAUCCCUUGUAGUUGUAAAAUAUAAAGCUUUUAUCCCAAAAUGAUAACUGAUAGAUAGAAUCAACAGAGAUAUCAGGAAACUCCUUAAACAACCAGUGAACAAAACGUUUUAAACUCCCCUCAGAAAAAAAACUCCCCUCUAAAUUCAAAACUCCUCAAAACUUAAAACCAAAAACAUCUUUUUCAGUUUGGGACUGAUUAUUUCUCAUAGCUGCCACCAGUGGAAUAGGGAAUUCCCACCCACAGAAACAGAAAAUCAAAUUCCUGGCAGCUCUCUACCACUCAGUCACUCACUCUCAGUUUCACAGGCACAAUCUUCAGCUAAAGUGGGGCUUGUGGGGCUGUCAGCGAAGUUGGUCCCACGGAUAUUGAAGGGAUUGUUGACUUCCACUUCAGUGAGACUCAAUAAAACUCGAGUUGAGUUCAGUGUUGCAGGUGACCCGAAGACGUACAGCUUCCAGCAUCGUCUGGCUGGGAGGAUCACUGCUGGAGAAGCUCACAGGGACCUCAAUGAAUCAUGUCCCUGUUUGGGCACCACGUGUAGUGUUGUAGUGCUACUGAGGCCCCUGGAGCAUCCGGCCCUCUUGAGCCCAAAGCUCACUGCUACCUCAGAAAGCUGCCAGAAUAGGCAGGAUGGGUCUUCAUAUGAUCUCCAGCAAACUGGGUUUAUUAGUACAGGAACAGGGUAUAGACAAAAAAGGGCCCAGGGACAAAGACAUGGUGUAAGCUGGGGGCACAGGGUCUUAUAUGGGAUAGUGAGGGUGGAGUUUAGGGUCAGGGACCCCUGGAUACAGGGGAAAAUGGUGCAGACAAGGGCUCCGGGGUCAGGUCUGCCAGUAGGGAAAGAGGGGUGGAGGAAUGCAGCAAACUAGGGCCAUAAAGGGACAGAGAGAGGAGGACAUUAUACGUGCUAACCAAACACAGGCAAUAGAGGUUGAGCUAGGGCAAUUAGGCCAAUGGGAUGUCAUAACUUUACAUAAAUCAGCAUGUGCAUGCAAAGAUCUAUGAGAGAAGCAAGCUUCUCACCUUAACAUGAAAGCCUAUUCCUCUUACUUGGGACCAGACCUUCAUGCCUGGGAGAUUGAGACUCCAAUGGUAGGCCCCUGGGUCUCCACACAGCCUCACAGCUGGCCCAGGGCAGGUCUGGAGUACUCUUGAUGGCAUCUUUGGCUUGGCACACAAUUGAAGUGGGUGUCUGUUUUCAGUGGGGAACUUAAGAGUUUUAGAUUGCAAAAAUAAAAGAAGAAAAAGCUCUCUUUGCCUCAAUGCAGCCAUUUCUCCAAGCAAAGCUGGCCCCAAGUGACAGAGAAGAGACAGGAUGGGGUUGGGGAAUGUGGACCAAGAUUGUCCACAAUGCGUCAGACGUCAAGGCAUAGCUUCUCUGACCAGGCAAGAUCUCUUCAGGAGAGUCCCUGGGUCAGUAUCAGUCAGAGAAUGCUGCAUUCAGCUCUAACAAGAAAAAGACACAGUUUAAAACAGGAAUGUGGAUUUAUUAGAAGCUUUUUGAAAUAUUUUCCUAUAAUGACAGAAAAAGACGUCCUGAUGAACUGCAUGAGAGCAGGGGGAAAUCAAGAUAGAGCCAUGGUUUGUCAGGACUUGCCUGAUCCUAAUGAGCCCCGUGAUGCAUUUGGAGCUGAGCCCUUGAACCCCUGGCCAGAGAGGAGAUUGCACAAACCUUUCCAGGAGUCCAAGUCAGAGGAAAACCCCCAGAGUGUCUCAAAGCAUUAAUGGUCCCACUGAGUUCCAUCCCUAACACAGGCACCUCAUAGACUCUUUGAAGGAGAGAAUUGGAGGCCAGGAAGGCACAAAAACCUCUCAGAGAUUCAGUGUGGAAAGGAAAAUCCAAAAAAUCUUAAAAACCUUGAGUAUCUUUGAGCAUUUAUGAGCCCCACAGAUUGUCAGUACAAAGCUCUCAAGUGACUCCUUAAAGCAGAUAAUUGGGGCCAUGAUUGCACAAACCUCUCACAGAGUCUGUAUCAAAAGGGAAACACCAAGUACCUUAAAAGAACUGAAGUACCUUGAAGCAUUAAUGAGCCCCACUGAGUGUUGUUACUGACAAAGCCUCUCCAGGGACUAAUUACAGCAGAUAAUUGGAGGCCAUGAUUGCACAAACCUCUCAGAGACUCCAAGGCAAAAGCCAAACCCAAAGUCCUUUGAAAAACCUGCAGUCCCUGGGAGCAUUCAGGAGCCCCCAGGGCCAUUCCUGAGCAAGGCUCCCCAGGGACUCCUUCCAGCAGAUCCUUGAGGCCACUGGGAUGUGGGAUGGGGGGGAUGCAGAGGGCAGGACAAGGGGCUGACAGUGCCCAGCCUGGCUGGGGCUGUGCCAGGAGGCCCCAGUGCCUCAGGACAAGGUGGGUCCUCACAGCCCUUGGUGGCACAGACCCUGCUGUGGCCCAGGGCACCAAGACUUGGCUUCUCUUUGUCCCCACCUGCCAUCACUGCCUCCAGUUCUCUGCUCUGCCUGGGGCCUGGGGACACUUUCUCAGUGGUGUCCCUCAGUGGGACCCAUUAAAAGUCCAAGAAACUUUGGAGUUGGAUUCUGACUUGGAGUUCUGGAGAGGUUUCUUCAGCUCCCUCUCAGGGACUGAUGUUCAGGGCCUGAGCACAAAGCCCCAGAGGGUCAUUAAAGUCCUUGUGCUGUGUCUGUGCUGCUGAGCUGGGCUGGGCUCCUGGCACAGAGGCAGCUCCUGGUAACCAAGAAGAGCUUCAAAAGCACAUUUCUCUUGAUGAGCAGCUUUUUCUCCCAGCCCAGCAGGGCUGGGGCACUGCCUGCAGCCACUCCAGGGACAGCACAGUGGCACAGAGAGCUUCAAUCAGUCAGGGCUGGGAAGGUGCUGAGGCAGAAUCACUGCAAGCCCUUGGCACAGGAACCUCUGGCUGCAGGACAAUGCAGCUGCAGCUCCUGUAGUGAUCUCCUACAGCUAGAACAUCCUAUUGCCUACAGACUCUGUGAAUACAACUCCGAUUAAUUCUGGUGCAGGGCAGGUGAAAUGCUCAUGAAGCUCUGACAUGCUGAGGGGUUCUGAUUAGUCAUAGAAUGUUUCCAAGACAAGGAUUUAGAUAAAAAUAAGGAAAUUUCCUGAGAUUUUGUAUUCAGUUUCCUACUACUGGAGAAUGGCAGGGAGGGGGGAUAAAUAUUAAAGGCUGAUUAUGAAUAUUAUUUAUGAAUUCUGACAAGUGCCUGAGACAUCCGAACUGUUACUUUUAGUGAUCAAUAAGUUCACCGGAGAUCCCUAAUGUGCUUUCUGCCACUCUGCCCAUGGACAGCACCAGCAGCACCUUUGCUGGACCAUCAGGCUCAGUCUGAGCUGUCCUUUCUCCAAGCUGCAAACAGAACCUGCCCCCAGCCAGUGCCCUGCAAAAAGGCAGGGUUCCGUCAGGCCAAGGAAAGUGCCCAGAGAUUUGGGGUCUGUGAGUGCUGGCACAGAGAGAUCAGGCACAGGGAAACACCUGCAGGAGGAAAAUCUCCAGGAAGCAGAGAGAAGAUCAGGCAAUGAGAGAAAACAAAACCCAGAAAUGCUGGGGCAGGGAGAGUUCAGAGGUCCCCACAGGAUCUCCUGCAGUGCAGCCCCUCCCUCUGAACAAGCCCCCUUCCUCCUAUCUCCCCAGACAAGCCUCUGCCCUCAAGGCUGGGGCUCCAAGGUGUGAAGCCCCUCCUGUGCAGGCAGAGCUGCAGCAGAGCCGUGGGGCAGCUCUGCAGCCCCGGGCCCAGUUCCCUCUGCAGAGCACAGGGCUGGGAGCAGCUGCCCGGCCCUGGGGGCUGUGGCAGGGGGCACAGCUGGCCCAGGGUGACGCUGUCCCCAGUGCCCGGCUCUGGGCAAUGCUGUCAGUGCAGCCAGGGAAGGGGCUGCAUGUCUCUCAAUCCAAUGCCAUCAUAAGGACACUUGGAAGUCUCCCUGAGAUUUCAGUCCAAGCUGGGAGCUUCAAUCCAGGGUGCAAACCUGUCCUAGACCAUCUCUGAGUUCUAAGAUUGAUGGGGAAAGGCAGAGGUGUUGUAACUCUGGAAAUGCUGCUGGGUUGGUGAAAUGAGCAAUGUGAGUCCUUGGCUACAAAUGUGGAGCUGAGCCCUGGUGUAUCCAUCUGUUCCCAGCAGUACCUGGUGACAUCUUAGGGAAAACAUGGGAAGGUGAUCACCCUCCAUUUGAGAAAUAUUAAGGCCCAGAGAAACUCAGAACAGGUCAGAAUGACAGACCAUCUCCCCUCACUCUCCACUCAUCACUUUGCAUCACAAAACUUGCUCUGUUCUUCCUGAGUGCAGCAGAAAUGCUGAGAGUUUCUGAUAUCCAAGAAUACCUGGAGAGACAUGGGAGAGCUAACAAAAAUACCCCAGAACUCUUGAAAAAAAAAAGCCUGUUCAUCUGUGAUAUAGGGGAGAGUGGACAGGAGAUGGCUUUGAUUAUGGUUACAGGUAUCUCCUCUAAAUCUUCAUUGUCCUUUCUCCAUGAACAGGUCCCCAUGUGCAGCCCCAGCAAAUGCCCAACAGCAGCUCCAUCAGGCACUUCCUCCUGCUGGCACUGGCAGACAGGCGGCAGCUGCAGCUCCUGCACUUCUGCCUCUUGCUGGGCAUCUCCCUGGCUGCCCUCCUGGGCAACGGCCUCAUCAUCAGCGCCGUAGCCUGCGGCCACCACCUACACACACCCAUGUUCUUCCUGCUCAACCUGGCCCUCAGCGACCUGGGCUCCAUCUGCUCCACUGUCCCUAAAACCAUGCAAAAUUCCCUCUGGAGCACCAGGAACAUCUCCUACACAGGAUGUGCUGCUCAGGUUUUUCUGACUGUAUUUUUCAUCUCAACAGAUUUUUGCCUCCUGACCAUCAUGUGCUACGACCACUACGUGUCCAUCUGCAAACCCCUGCACCAUGGGACCCUCCUGGGCAGCAGAGCUUGUGCCCACAUGGCAGCAGCUGCCUGGGCCAGUGCCUUUCUCACUGCUCUACUGCUCACGGCCAAUACAUUUUCCCUGCCCCUCUGCCAUGGCAAUGCCCUGGGCCAGUUCUUCUGUGAGAUCCCUCAGAUCCUCAAGCUCUCCUGCUCUAAAUCCCACAUCAGGGAACUUGAGCUCGUUGCACUUAGUGCCUGUUUGGUACUUGGUUGUUUUGUGUUCAUUGUUUUUUCCUAUGUGCAGAUCUUCAGGGCUGUGCUGAGGAUCCCCUCUGAGCAUGGACAGCACAAAGCCUUUUCCACCUGCCUCCCUCACCUGGCUGUGGUCUCCCUCUUUGUGAGCACUGCAUUGCUAGCCUACCUAAAGACCCCCUCCAUCUCCUCCCCAUCCCUGGAUCUGGCCCUGUCAGUUCUGUACUCAGUAGUGCCUCCAGCCCUGAACCCCUUGAUCUACAGCCUGAGGAACCAGGAGCUCAAGGCUGCAGUGUGGACACUGACGACUGGAUGGUUUCAGGAACAUUAACAUGCUGGCCAUUUUUUGUAAUAAAAAUCAUCUUUGAUUUGUAUUAAAAGUAAUAGUUAAUAUUU